AUGACUUCGUUUUACGACGAAAUUGAGAUUGAAGAUUUUGAAUUUGAAGAAGACAAACAGAUCUAUCAUUAUCCCUGUCCUUGUGGAGAUCGAUUCGAAAUCUCAGUGGAAAAAGAUAUAGCUCGAUGUCCAAGUUGUUCUUUAAUGGUUCGUGUAAUAUAUGAUCUGGAUGAUUUCCAGGAUGAUAAUGAUCAAGGAACAACCAUUGACCUUGGGAAAGAGUCAAUUGCUGUGUAA